AUGACUCGGACUGGCGCCGAAGAUCUGGCCUCCAACAACGGCAUCUUCAUGAACAGCAUGGACAUCAGAUGGAUCAAGGAUGAGCACCCUUGCCUGGGAACACAGGGCGCGAGCCGGCUGCGCUUAGGGUGCGUCAACUGCCAGGCUCACCACGCUCUCAGCACCAAACGGCCUGCCGUGCCUCUGAACCUUGCUCUUCUAGAAAUGAGAAGCGCAGGCCGGAAAGGACAUUCGCACCACAAGCAGGCGGGGGAAGCUGCGCCGGUUUUGCACGGCCUUCACACCGCGCUUGCAGCCUUCUUCCCCCAUCCUGAACCCGGGUUAGCAUCCGGGAACUUGUCGGCCACCAAGCUACGGCGCUUUCUUCAGGCCUUCUCGCACGUUAUCCAGGUAUGA